AACAACAAACGAACGGUGUUCGACUUCCUUCGCCACCGCCCUCCUUACCCACAGAAGAUGAUGAUGAUUGUGACGAAGAAAUAAGAAAUGUUAUCGCCAAAGCUUCGAUGUUAUCUCAACAACAAAAGUCAAAAAUACUAUCGUCGAUACCUUCACACGUAACAGAUAAACAGCCACCUUUUGUGCAACAACAACAGCAGCCGCCAAUAUCACCCGCGCAUCAAAAACGAAAAAAGUAUUUUAACCUUGGAAAAACGUUGACUUCUCGUCUGGUCACAAAUGCCCCCAAAUAUAAGUUAUUUAAAAAAUCACAUGCGAAAGACAAUGAUAACAGUAACACUCGCCGUUACGUAAUUUCCAACCCUAUCCCGAUC